AUGCGUCAGCGAAUCACCUACGUUCACAAGCCUAGUGACGGCGUGCCCCCGGAGGCCCUCGAAAUUAGCGAUGCCGGCGUAAAGGGCCCUGAGCUCUUAUCUGUCCGAGAAGACAGAGUGACACUGGCCCUUGAGGAGCUUCCUUCUGAGCUAUCCCAGCUUCUGAGUGAGAGUCAUGAGUUGCACAUCAGAUGGGUCAGCCCCUUUGCGUAUGGCACUAUUGGCCCUUUGGCUUCGCGACUAUCACCAGGUUUCCAUCUCUUUUACACGCCAAAGAAGGAGGAGAUCAAGUGGGAUGCGGACGCCUUUGGCAGCAGCAGCUGCACAUCGUCCGAGUCGUUCACGAGCCUCCCCAACGACAGGUUCUCUCACUCCGCAGCUCUCCAAUUCUAUGAACCCCUAGAAACCCUCACCGCAUUCACCCAAUACACUGCCGAGAAGCUCUGCGCGGCAUCAGGCGCAGCCUGCAAGUCCCGCGCCGAGGACCUCAAGACGGCGGCAUCCUUUGACAUAUCCUACGACACGAUCUCGCACGCCCUCAAGCUCACAGCGCAAUGGCCCUACAGUAAACACCGCGUGGCCGUCGCCUCGACCCCGAACCACAGGACCGAGGUCGGCAUCCUCACCACCGACUCCACCGCGAAACCGGAGCCUCACGAGAUCGGCAUGGCAGGCGGCCUCACCGUCCUCGGCGAGCGGAAGAAACCCGCGCCCGUCCUCUUCAACGUGCCCGCCCGCCACCGGCUACACGGAGGGGAGAAUGAAUCACAACGCCCCAGCUCGUUCUCUGCGAAAUUCCUCCAGCCGACGGGCCUACACCCUACGCUGCAGCUGCACUUGGACUCGGCCGAGCCGCCGGUCGAGGACGCUUACUGCGCCGUCCACGCGCACCUCACGCUACCAAAGACCGUCUUUGCGGACCGCUACCAGCUCGCAGAUGACCUGUUUCUAAAGUCCAAGAACCUGACAGCCCUGCGCUACGCCAGCUCGCCCGUCGACCUCGAGGCCCCCGCGUACGCCACAAAGCCGUGGGGCUCCGGCGUCCUGCUCGAGCUCGCGCCGCCGGCGACGACGACGGUGGAGAAAGAGGGGAGCAAGAACCAAGAAUGGACGGCGGAGAUCCCGUUACACCUCCGCUACCUGGAGCCGGCUGCUGGGGGCUACACAGACGUGGAGGUGCCGUACCCCGCCGUCUUCUGGGCGUGCUCGUCCGAGGAGGGCACAAAGUUCCCGAGCAGCCCGUUCGAGAGGGUGAAUCUCGGCUACGACGCGUUAUUCGGACCGAGGACGGUGUUCUGGCACGUGGAGCCGCGACCCGUCGGAAGAGGAGGAGGGGGGGGAGGUCGGCUCACGAGCACCGUGCGGGUGCCGGUGCUCGAGGCCGGGCAGGCCGAGUGGGUUCGCGCGGGGACGGCGGCCGCGGUGGUGGUGGGAUUCGCGUGGGUUCUGUGGAGGCUCGUGGCCGCGUACUCCAAGACCGGGUACGGCCGGCGUGGCGGGGGCGUGGAUGAGAAGAAGGAACAGUAG